AUGCAGGCUGUAUGUUUCUUGGGAAAUGUUGCCGAUAAUUCCCCAAAAUGUCGCGACUUUGUCCUUCGCCUUGGUGGAUUGCUUCCUUUGCUGGCACAAACACAAUUAAUUGAGCAUGGCAAUCUUUCUAUAAUGAGAAGUGCUACCUGGGCACUUUCGAAUCUAUGUGGGGGCAAGCCGCAACCGCCUUUUGAUCAGGUUGGUCUUUCUGAUCUGCUGUUUCCACUUCUAUCUCAUGUUUUAGGGACUUACAUGUCAGAUCAUGAUAGGCUGUGGGCUGGUUUACUUACAAAACUAGCCCUUUCAGCUCUUCUGCGUUUGAUUCACUCAAAUGAUGAUGAAGUGUUGAUUAAUGCAUGUUGGGCUCUCUCACAUCUUUCGGAUGGCACAAAUGAUGAAAUUCAAGCUGUUAUUGAAGCGGGAGUGUGCCCCCGGCUAGUUGCGCUUUUACAUCACCCAUCUCCUUUAGUGGUCUCUCCGGCUCUUCGUACAAUUGGAAACAUUCUCACUGGAGAUGAUAUGCAAACGCAGUGUAUCAUCAACCAUCAAGUACUACCCCGUCUUCUGAAUCUGUUGACAAGUAAUUACAAGAAGAGCAUUAAGAAGAAAGCUUGUUGGGCCAUCUCAAACAUCGCAGCCGGCAACAAGGAGCAUAUUCAGGCUGUGAUUGAGGCUAAUAUUAUUGGUCCUCUGGUCCAUCUGCUUCAAUAUGCGGAGUUUGAUCUCAAAUUGGAGGCUGCACGGGCAAUCUUGAAUGCUAGCUUCGGUUGCACUCACAAACAAAGAAAGUACCUAGUGAGUCAAGGGUGUAUCAAGCAAUUGUGUGAUCUUCUUGCUUGUCCUGACCCAAGGAUUGGGACUGUCUGUUUGGAAGGGCCUGAAAACAUCUUGAAGGCUGGAGAAGAUGAGAAGAAUUUGGAUCGUACAGGAGGUGUAAAUCUCUCUGUUCAAAUGAUCAAUGAUGUUGCUGAGGUGGUGGAAAACAUUAAGAACCUUCGAAGUCGUGAUAAAUGGGAGAUUUAUGAGAAGGCAUCAAAGAUUCUUGAAACAUAUCGGUUGAAGAAAGAUUUAAUGCCGCCAGGUGAUGCUUCUCAACCACGGUUCAGCUUUGGAUAGGGUCAGCUUCUAGCGGCUUCAACUUCGACUGAAGGCAUGUAAGCUCUCACUUUUUGAUGGUAUCAUUUUACAAAAUUAUAUGUGUGUUCUGGAUGGUGUAUGAUUUUUUAAUGUUCUUAGUAUUUCAAAUUUAGCAUGGAAAAGUUGCUACAUG